AUGAUAUUUAGUAAUGCUGUUGUUGGUGAAAGUUCAUUGGAUCGACUUUCUUGUGCACUUGGUGGUAAAACAAUGCUUAAUUAUAUAUUAACAACUGUUCAAACAAUGCUUCAAAAUCCUGAUUGGCGUUAUCGUCAUGCUGGUUUAAUGGCAAUAUCAGCAACAGGUGAAGGUUGUCAUAAAGAAAUGUCCGUAUUAUUGGAUGAUCUUGUCAAUGGUAUUUUGGUUUUUCUCAAAGAUUCUCAUCCACGUGUUCGAUAUGCAGCUUGUAAUGCAAUAGGACAAAUGUCAACAGAUUUUCAAGGAACAUUUCAAAAAAAAUUUCAUUCAAAAGUUAUUCCUGGUCUUCUAUCGAUACUUGAUGAUCAUGAUAAUCCACGAACACAAGCUCAUGGUGGUGCUGCUUUAGUUAAUUUUGCUGAAGAUUGUCCACCACGUUUACUUGUUGAACAUUUACCACAAAUUAUUGAAAAAUUAGAACAAGUUUUAAAUCGAAAAUAUCAAGAACUUGUUCAACAUAAUCGUAAAUUAGUUCUUGAACAAAUUGUAACAACACUUGCAGCUAUUGCUGAUACUGUUGGACAAGAUUUUUCACCUUAUUAUGAUCGAUUUAUGCCACAAUUAAAAUAUUUAUUUAAAAAUGCAAUUACACCUGAUUAUCGAAUGUUACGUGGUAAAACAAUGGAAUGUAUUAGUUUAAUUGGUUUAGCUGUUGGCAAAGAAAAAUUCAUUAAUGAUUGUUAUGAAAUAAUGCAAGAAUUAGUUAAAACUCAAGUUGAUUUUGAAAAUUUAGGAAAUGAUGAUCCACAAAUAUCAUAUUUAAUUGGAGCAUGGACACGUAUAUGUAAAAUAUUAGGCAAAGAUUUUGAACAAUAUUUACCUAUUGUUAUGGGACCUGUUCUUAAAGCAGCUGCAUUUAAACCUGAAGUAACUGUACUUGCUGAUGACGAAGUUGAUGUUGAAGAAGAUGAUAAUUGGGAAGUACUUAAUGUUGGUGAUCAAGCUUUUGGCAUUAAAACAACUGGUCUUGAAGAAAAAGCUAGUGCUUGUUCAAUGCUUGUUUGUUAUGCGAAAGAAUUGAAAGAAGGUUUUGUUAAUUAUGUUGAAGAUGCAACUAAAUUAAUGGUUCCACUUCUUCGAUUUUAUUUUCAUGAAGGUGUUCGUGCUGCAGCUGCUGAAUCAUUACCACAUUUACUUGAUUGUGCUAAAUUACGUGGUGAUGAUUAUGUUCGUCAAAUGUGGCAAUAUAUGAAUAAAGAAUUAUUUAAAGCAAUAGAAAUUGAACCUGAUCAUGAAGUACUUGGUGAAUUAUUUUCAUCAGUGGGAAAAUGUAUUGAAACAUUAGGUGUAACAAGUUUAACAGCUGAUGAAUUAAAAGAAUUAACAACAAUUCUUGAUAGUCAUCUUAAGAAACAUUUUGAACGUUCAACUGAACGUGCAGAAAAACGAAAUGAUGAAGAUUAUGAUGAAGAAAUUGAAGAAGAAAUGCUUGAAGAAGAUGAUUUUGAUGCAUAUAUAUUAAAUCGUCUAUCGGACAUAAUUCAUUCACUUUUAGUUACAUAUACAGAUUCAUAUUUAACCUAUUUUGAUACAUUAGUACCACAUUUUCAUGAACUUAUACAACCAGCACGUUCAAUAUCUGAUCGUCAAUGGGCAUUAUGUGUAUUCGAUGAUGUUAUACAAUUUACUGGUGCACAUUCACAUCGUUAUGCACAAUUUUUUCUUCCAAGAAUGGCUGAAAGUCUUACUGAUUCAUCACCUGAAAUUCGUCAAGCUGCUGCCUAUGGAUUUGGUGUAAUGGGAAUGAGUGGUGGUCCUGUUUAUGCACGUGCAUGUGCAGAAGCAUUACCUCAUUUAUUUGCAAUGAUUAGUACAGCAGAUAGUCGUUCAGUAGAAAAUAAUACAGCAACUGAAAAUGCUAUUAGUGCAGUUACGAAAAUAUUUAAACAUAAUAAUUCAUGUGUAGAUAAUCUUGAUAAACUUCAUCAAGUUUGGUUUACUUGGCUUCCGAUUUAUGAAGAUACAGAAGAAGCACCAUAUGUUUAUGGUUAUUUAUGUGAUUUGAUUGAAUCAAAUAAUCCAGUUAUUAUUGGAUCCGAUAAUUCAAAUAUACCAAAUGUAAUCAAAUUAUUUGCUGAUGCAUUUGUUAAAUCAUCGAUUGAAGUUAAUUCAAUUGUUGGUCAACGUAUGAUUCUUAUUUUACGACAUGUUCAAACAAUUCCAUCAAUAUUUCAAACAUGUAUGACUACAUUAACGAAUGAAGAACGUCAAUCAUUAGCAAAUGCGUUAAAUUCAGCGCCAAUAUCUUCAUAA